AUGUCUUCCAUAGAUCUAGAUGGUGUUCCUGAUAUGGGUGAACCUCAACACAUGGGCUUUGGUCGCUUAGCAAGUUGCCCAGCGGACUGGACACACGAUGACAGGAAAAUUGAAUAUAAGAGGCUGAUUGGCGAGGAGAUAUCAAAGGCUUCUAAGUCGCCAGCAUGUAUGCAAUCGUGGAAGACUGUCUCGUUGUCAGCAAAGCAAAUCAACAUUGCUUUGCAUGCCAAGUUUGGAGAUUUGGUUGAUGAUAUUCCCACCCGUUCAAAACAAGAAUGUUUAGACAGCAUGGAUGUCAGUGGGAAUCACCAUGAUAUUGAAUUGGCCCAGGGAUACGACAAUUGA